AUGCAGGUUGUUAAACUGGAAGAAUCUCCUCCUGCUCCUGUCGAUUUUUUUGUUGGAAGGAGAACUAGAGUCUUGGUUAUAACUGGCCCUAAUACAGGUGGUAAAACGAUUGGCUUAAAGACAGUUGGUCUAGCUGCAAUGAUGGCAAAAUCAGGCCUGUAUGUAUUAUCUUCUGAAUCCGCUCGAAUACCCUGGUUUGAUGCUGUUUUUGCUGAUAUUGGUGAUGAACAGUCAUUGUCCCAAUCUUUAUCUACAUUUUCUGGUCAUUUGAGACGAAUUAGUGGAAUCCAGGCAGAGGCUACGCAUAUGUCACUAGUGCUUCUAGAUGAAGUAAUUUAUGAUAUGGAACAGUUCAAGCAAGAAUUUCGAGACCAUACUCACGAGGCACAACAUUGUAUACGCCUCUCAAAAAUGCUUCAUGAGAAUCUGUUAGCCGCCAAGCAAAGGAUCACCGAACAUGAGACAGUGCAGAAAUACAAGAAAAUGAGAGAAUUCUAUGAGGCUGCAGCAGUGGCACAUUCUCUAAUUCAUAAGAAAUUACGAGAAUUUCGAGCAUCAGCCACCAAACAUCCUCAGGGUACUCCAGCAACUAAGAGUCAGAGUGCUGCAGCAGAAAACAAGCAACAACAUCUAGCAGAUAGCGUAAAUCGAUCCCAUUCCAACAUUAGUGCUGAUUCCAGUAAAAGCAUCAAAGAUUUACAAGCAGAAAAAAGGAUUCAGUUCCCCAAGGUCGGUGACUGGGUACAUGUACAUUCACUCGGUAAGAAAGCGAUCGUGUUAAAAGUAGAGACAUCUAAACAAUUGAUUACUAUCCAAGCCAACAACCUGAAAUUGAAGCUGAAAUUAAGUGAUAUACAAGCCUGAGAGAAUUAAACUUGCACCUGUUUCUCUAUGAGGGAGUAACCAGAAAUCAUCUGAAAGAACUUUGAAGAAGAUCACUCAGAUUGGUGGAACUGUUGAUAUUUUUCUAUGAGGGAGUAACUAGAAAUCAUCUGAAAGAACUUUGAAGAAGAUCACUCAGAUUGGUGGAACUGUAGACAUUUUUCUCUCACCGUUUAAGUCAUUAGUACUAACUUUUUUUUAUCUUACAUGCAUUCCCGUUGUACCUCAAAUGUAGGAAGAAAACAAGGAAGAAAACAACAUAUAUGAAUAAAGGACAAGAAACCCGGGGUUUACUCCUUA